AAUAUGAUAUAAUUAAUGAUUUGGAUAUUGUGUUUUUGUGCAGAUAACUUUGGAACGAUGAAGAUAAUAUCAUUACUGUUUAUUCUGGGAGCUCAUCUUCCCUUGGAUACAGCUCUUUUCAUGGUCACUGCUCCUAGAUUGUCCUACACAGCAUCGUAUGGGAAUAACAUUACCAUGGAGUGUAUAUUUCCAGUUGAAUCCAAUUUCCACAUGAAUACAUUAAAGGUAUACUGGUAUCACAUCCUGGACAAUGGAACUUCUCAACUGGUGUACAAACUUUUAAAUGGGAAAGCAGCGCUCCAGGACCAGUCCUUUGAAUACAGAGAAAGAGUGUUCCUGGCAAUGGAUAAACUCUUCGGUGGACGUGCGGUAGUGGAGAUCACCCAAGUGAGAGUUAGUGAUGCAGGGACCUACCGCUGUAUUAUUGCUCUCAACGGGGUGGACUAUAAAGAAACAGCAUUGAAAGUCACAGCUUCCUAUAAUGACAUCAAGACCCUCAACACCAAGGAACAAACGGAGACAGAAUUUAUUUGUCAAUCGGCUGGGUACCCAUUAGCUAAGGUCAUGUGGUAUCACGCAAAUGGCACUGACCUUAACAAAACAGCCAAUACCACCCACUUUACAGGCUCCAAUGGACUAUACAACAUACGAAGUAUACUUAGAAUAAGGGCUGAGACAAACGAAACAUAUUUAUGCAUGUUCUGGAUUGAAGAACUUAACACGUCUACUUCAGCUGUUUUACAAAUUAAAGAAAUCAAAAGAAAAGAUAAUGACCAGAUUCCUACAUUUACUACAAUGAGAAGAAGUUACCUCAUUGUGGCAAUCACUAUUCCUUCGAUAGUUCUUCUUGUAAUCAUUAUGAUCCUGAUCUGCAUGAUAAAAUCAAGACGAUCUCACAAAGGCAAGACUUACAAAAAUGAAUAUGGACUCUUCAAUGCUUGAAGUAGAAGGAAUCAUGUGAAUGCAACGCCUGGAGUUUAUUUUGGAAACUGACAAUUCUCGAUCUUUCAAUUAGGUUAUCCCAGCAUUAAAUCGCACCUUUUUCAGGGAAAAGACUGUGAAUGUGAACUUUUAAAUUAGCCAUCAGAAGUAUUUCAUUCAGUAUCCUAAUUCUUAAGCAAAGCAUCCCUGGCCCCUUAUCAGUCACAGACUGGAUGGAAAUCAUGUCUUUCUAUUCAAUGAUAUGGAAUAAACAUCACCCAGUCCUUCUCUCCGGACGGAGAUGCUGCCUGUCCCGCUGAGUUACUCCAGCAUUUUGUGUCUAUCUUUGGUAUUCAAUGGUUGAUUGGGGUGGAAGAUUGCAACCUUCACAUGGUUCCCUGUUUCAACAAAUGCAAUCAACCUGGCAUGCGCAAUCAAAUAAGAUCAAAUAGAUCAAGUUGUCCUACAACUUUAAGCUGUGCAUGCCAUACGCAAGAUGAAGAAUGGUUGCUUUUUCACUUAACUGAUCCACCUGUCCUCAGAAUUGGCUCCAGGCAAUCAGUAUUAUACAUGUGUGGAGUAAUGCCAACUGUUUAAUGAAUGAACAAGCUCCCAGGCUGGGUGUGUAGGUGACUUUUCUCCUUGGAAUGACUGCUCUGUCCCCACAGCUGACGGCAAAGAAAAACCUUUGAGAAAUGUUGUGAUGUAUUGAAUGCAAGAUAAUAAACAUCUCUGACGGACAAAUUAUCACAAGGAUAAACAGCCGCUGACGGGAAAGUAUCAGUUUCUUUUGUGGAUGGGGAAAUUCCUGAACUCACAACUUCAAGUGGAAUUUUGCCAUACGCCAGUGCAAACACUUAGCACUGCAAGACUUUCCAAAGCAAAUUAUAGAGGAGAGCAGAAGAAAUAUUUGUCUGAAACUUGAGAGUCAAAUCAACUUUCUGAAUGUUUUUGCAAACUGAGAAAACGUCAAAACACAUUUGAGUUCUGGAGUGAAACUGGAAGGUACUGUAGCUUUAUCCACUCCAUUCAAUGCCUAUCAAUAAAUUGUUGCUGACAUCCCAAACCUAUUCACUCUUCAGGAACUUGCUCAUUUAAUUAGGAGAAAGGCUUGAGAAGAAUGCAAUCACGGGUUAAAUCACGAAGAUCAAUCAAAGGAGACUACUUAAGCCUUAAGGACUUAUUAAGAAUUGAUUUCAAAAUAUUACUGUUGCUUUCUAAAGUCUACGGCCAAAAUACAUUUCUGAUCUUCUGCUACAUUAUGAACCAUCCAGACCUCUGAGAUCGUCUGGGACAGGUCUGCUUUCUGUCCCCAGAGUCAGAACUAAACAUGGAGAAGCAGCGUUUAGUUUUUAUGCACCACAUAUAUGGAACAACCUUCUGUAAAAAAUGCAGGUCUGCUCCAACUCUCUGUUCUUUUAAACCGGGGCUGAAGACUUUUCAGUUUGACGCUGCUUUUAAUUUUAAUUAAAUUAAAUAAUUAUUUAUUUCUUACACUGCACUGUAACUUUUAUUCUUGUAUUUUAUACUUGUUUUAUUCUAAUUUAGCUUGUCUAUUUUAAAAUGACUUUUUAAUUGCUUUUGGUUGCUUUUUAAUGCUUUGUGUAAAGCUGUAUUGCCUUGUUGCUGAAAUGCGCUAUACAAAUAAACUUGCUUGCUUGAUAUGAUUAAUAAAACGUUGAUAUGAUCUUGGCCAAUUAGCAAAUUAUAGCAGUGGCAGAAUUGUAUGGAAUGCGAAAUCAAUGCAGAUAUCGUUUGCGAUAUUUUUAAAAAUACUGACAAGCAAACAGAGGAGCAAUUCUUUCAGACUCUGAAUCCUUCUAGAAUUUCCUAUAAUUUAUGAGAUUAAUGUUAUACUCAAAAAUAAUUAAGUUUUUCUUUACUUUACUGAAUCUCAUGUCACAUACACCUUUACUUUCUCUCAGUCAUUAUUUGUUUACUAUGAAAUACAUUGCAUAUCCUUAAAGUUUUUCUGGUUAGCUGGUUAAAAAAAGAAUGCCUGGAGGAAUAUUCAGUUUAUUUUCUUAUUAAGAGGAUUUUUUUGUUGAGAAUGAUAUUGACAAUGUGAAACUGGGGGAGAAGGCAAAUCCGUUUAAGCAAAUCAGUAAAAACUAUACAUUUCAAUUAGUCAUACGGAAAGGAUAUUAUAACUAACUGCUGCAACUAUUCUUUUCUAUAUGGUUUGUGAUGUCCGUUAUGGUUUGUAAAGAGAGCUGUUAUUGCACAACGCCUCAGAAUUUCAAAAAUAUGAACAUUUUAAAACCCAUAAAUAAGCUAAACGUGAUGUAAAUGUAAAUAUAUUGUACUAAUGCCAGUGUUUUAAAUAGAUUGUGCUUAUAUGCCUUGGGACUUUUGAUGCAAUUUUAUAUUAUGUCUUAAAAAUAUAAUAAAGUUGAUAUAUUUUGAAAAUUAUAUUUCUUUCUUUCUUUGUACAUUUAUGUGUGUCCAAAAUCACUGCAAUGCUGUUGGUCAUGUAGAAUGUGCUAUGAACAUAUUGAAUGCAAAAUUGCUUGGCUCCCAAAUUCACUUUAGAAUUUGGAUUUAGGAGUUUAGAAGGUUGAGAGGACACCUCAUUGUAACUUACAGAAUAAUGAAGGCAUAGAUAGAGUGGAUGUGGAAAAGAUGUUACCACUGGUGGAAAGUCUAAGACUAGAGGUCAUAGCCUCAGAAUUAACAUAGAAACAUAGAAAAAUAGGUGCAGGAGUAGGCCAUUCGGCCCUUCGGCCAGCACUGCCAUUCAAUAUGAUCAUGACUGAUUAUCUAAAAUCAGUACCCCUUUCCUGUUUUUCCCCCAUAUACCUAAGAUUUGUUUAGCCUUAAGAGCUAAAUCUAACACUUGAAAGCAUUCAGUGAAUUGGCCUCCACUACCUUUUGUGGCAGAGAAUUCCACAGAUUCACAGCUCUCUGGGGAAAAAAGGGUGCGAUUUUAGAAAGGAGAUGAGGAGGAACUUCUUUCGUCAAAGGGUAGUUAAUCUGUGGAACUCAUUGCCACAUAGGGCUGUGGAGGCCUAGUCAUAGGAUAUUUUUGAGGCAGAGAUAAAAUACUUGAUUAGAAUGGUGUCAAGGGUUAUGGUGUCAAAGGUUAUGGGGAGAAGGCAGGAAAAUGGGAUUAAGAGGCAGAGAUCAGCCAUGAUUGAAUAGCGCAGUAAACUAGAUGGGUCGAAUGGCCUAACUCUACUCCUAUAACUCGUGAACUCGUGAACUCCUGCUUAUAUCGUCUGUGCAUUAAAGCGCAGUUGGGCUUCAAGAAAUUCUUCAACCUUGUAGCGUGUGGGUAGCGUGUGGGUAGCGUGUGGGUAGUACUGGGUAAUGCGUGGGUAGCACGGGACGGGUGCAUGGAGUGAUAUGGAGGAGUGUGGACUUCUUCCUGCACAAAAUCUCCGCUCGCCACCGGCCUGUCGCGUAACUGACGGCCAAAGUAAGACAGGCCCAAGACCCUGGCGCGGCGCAACGUCUCACC